AAGGAGGAGCCAUCGAUUUAACCUAACUCUUAUUAGUUAACAGAAUUCUAUAAAGAAGUUUCCUUGAGAGCUCUGAAUGUGAGCCUUCAAAAGCUGAAAUACUCCAAGCUACAGAAGAGAUCGGUCUCUCCCCCUCUCUCCCACACUUUUUGACUGUAAAAACAAAAGGUAUAAAAGACCUGGCGACAACUGGCGCAACUUUGGUUUCCUCAGCACCCAACGGAGCCUUGAACUUUCUCCCAUAACAAUUCCCCGCCUCCUUAUACCAUGCACUGAGCCUACGCUUGCAAGUGCCUUCUUUGUCAGACGCUACGUGGGAGGAGAGAAAUUGGAGCAGGGAGGAGACAAAAAAAACAGGCAAUGCAACCAGGCGAGAAAUACCUUUUCACAUACAAAGGAUUUUAUUUCCAUCCAGUAUUUACUUCAGUGGAGCACUUAGAUUCCCUGGAGGGUUUUGAAAUAAGAGACAGUGAUGUAUUUAUAGUCACUUAUCCAAAAUCAGGCACAAUAUGGACCCAAAAUAUUUUGAGCUUGAUUUAUCAUGAAGGUCACCGAGAUGGAACCGAAAAAGUCGACUUACUAGACAGGGCUCCGUGGCUGGAGUACAAUAUCCGCAAUGUGGAUUACGUCAGUCGUCCAUCACCUCGCCUCUUUUCUUCCCAUCUACCCUACUAUUUAGUACCCAAAGAAUUAAGGAACAGAAGAGCAAAAGUUGUUUAUGUGGCCAGAAACCCAAAGGAUGUCUUGGUUUCCUUUUACCAUUUUUCCAAAACUAUCAUCAAAUUUGAAGAGGUAGAAGAUUUUGGAAUUUUCAUGGAGAGGUUUUUGGCUGGGAAGGUACUUGCAAGUUUAUGGCUGGACCAUGUGGAAGGCUGGUACUCUCACAAGGAUGACUUCAAUAUUCUGUUUCUUACCUAUGAGGAAAUGAAGAAGGAUCUGAGAAGCUGUGUCUUGAAAUUAUGCAACUUCCUGGGAAAGAGACUGACGGAAAAGGAGGUGGAUGCUGUUGUGGAUCAGGCUACAUUUAAUAAAAUGAAAGCAGAUCCCAGGGCAAACUAUGAGUUCACUCGACCAGAUCGCAUGGACCACAGCAAAGGACAUUUUCUUCGCAAAGGCACUGUUGGAGACUGGAAGAACAUGAUGACAGUCGCACAAAGUGAAAGGUUUGACAGCGUUUUUAAGGAGAGAAUGGAAAAGCUGCCCAUCGAGUUCUGCUGGGACAUCCAUGAGGAAUCAUGAGUCUGCCUUCAGCCUGGAAGGAUGAAAUAAAGUACACUGUAUGCAUUUAAUCCAGCCCUAUUUAUAAGAUUUAGCAGAAUACUCUCAUGAGGCUUAAUAGUUUCCUAAUGUUCAAAUAUGUGCAUUAAUUUUUUUAAACCACAAUAAAAUUACAUUUGUACUGUC